AGGGCUUAUGUCACUGAAGAUGACGCCUUGCAACAUGUUUGACGAUAGCCUGUAAAUUGAUAGUUUGAUCUCAGUAUUUACAACAAUUCAUCUAGUUUGAUUGAUUCAAAGGGAAAAAAAUGCCUCUUGUCCUCUAAAACUGAUAUACCCUGCAUUUAGCGGUCAAAUUUUAAAACUGUUUUUUGUAUUGAUAUUACAUUCGCAGUUGUAUUAGCUGUGGUAGAAAUGAAUUACAAUUAUAUACUUGCGACUGCUGGUCAAGGUGAACAAAGCAAUAUGUCUGAGCUCACUACGUUGGAAGAGUACAAAGUAAAAGGUAAAGAAAUCGUUGAGAAGUACUGUGUUUCGGAAUAUGAGACUCCGAUAAUGCUACCACCUGCUCCGAGCAGACGAAACAUCAACAUAGACAAAGAGGGGGGUUCCAGCAGAGAUUUUGAUAAUGAAGAGUGUCUGCAGGCAAAAUAUGAGGCAGAAGUGAUCAUGAUGGUGUAUCGGGCACUGGAGGGACUGAGUGGAGACUUCUUAAUUCUGCAACAGUUCCAGUAUACUCAUCACCAACAUAGACUGUGCGAUACCAGACAUGUUAGAAGUAAUUGUGUGGCUUGCAGAAAGAAUCCUGCAGAACAAGAAGGCGACAUCGAUUUUUUGGUUAUUGGAAGGAACUUUAUUGUGAUAGUUGAGGUGAGUAAUAUUUCCCUUGUCAAGAAAGUGGCCAAAGAUUUAACCGAGAAAGAAAGAAAACAACUUUCUCUGGCAUUCGAAAAAUCCCAAGACCAGGGAGAUAAAAUGAAAUGUUUAAUUGAGAGCAUGAUGAAGAAUGGCCCGGAGGAAUGUUUGGUAUUUAGUUUCUCCGCUUUUCCAAGUACACCCCGUAUUCUUUUAACUGACAUGGAUGAAGAGCAGAAGAAGCAGAUCAUCUGCCAAGAAGAUUUCCUUAAUUUCAGGAGCUGGUGGUGUACAAAUGUAACGAACUUCAUUACAGGAGAUGCUAUCGAUAUUAUUCAAAAAGAAGUCAAAGAAACAAUUAUUGCUAUAUGGUGCACUGAUGAAAACAUGUGCGAUGAACAGAGGUGUAGUUUAGGAAAGUGUGUAGUGGAAAUUGAUAAGUUGUUAAGAAAGGAAGAUAUAGUAUCUCCUAGUUCAAACUAUCCACUAAAUCAUGAUGUAAGGAAGGGAUCUGAAGUUGAAGCUGUGAAUAUUAACAACGGAGUUCACAUCUUUAGAGAUAUCAUCGGAGUAAAGAAUUUGACAUCAGAACAAUGCGAAACCUUCAACAGGGAUGAUAACCUUCUAUUCAUAAAUGGACUGUCAGCAGGUUCAGGGAAAACCAUAAUUUUGUUAGCUAAGAUAAUACAGUUGAUCUCAUCUAGCAAAGUGAACAGAGCUGUCUUCUUCGUUAAAACUAGCAACUCCAACAUUUUACAUUAUAAAAAUAUUUUUGACGAGGCUGAUAUCGGACACAAAACUGUGGAAGCAAUCUUUCACAAGGAUUCGUUAGAUACCUUGGUAGAGGUGAUAUCAGAGCACAAUAACCAGGUAGUGAUGGUUAACAUAGUGAGAUAUUGUGGUUUUAUACAACUUAUGGAGAAACUAGUGGGAAGGAAUGUGCACGUUUUCGUAGAUGAUUGUCAAGCAGCGCUGUACACACUACAUCGUGAGGACCUACUAAGUAGAUUUAAACAAUUAUCAUUAUCCAACAGAGUCUGGAUUACGAGUGAUUUAACCCAGAUAAGCUCUUUUUAUGAAAUUGUCAUGUCGGAAGUGUACGAGCCAAUCAUUCAACUCAUACCAGCUGACAAUAGAGUUAAUUUAUCGUUGAACAUGAGAAGUACUGGCGAUUUAGCGGGUAUCUUAUUGAAGAUAAGAAAUGAAAUAGUUGAUUCUAACAAUAAUUUUGAGUCUAGAACUGACAAUAUAGAAGUUUUGUUACCAGCCCUAAAACCAGGACAUGCAAUACAGGGACCUCGAACAGUUCUGUACGUCAUCAAUAUGAAGGAUACAGAAACCAAAUUAACUUCAAUCUUGAACAAAGAAUUCGAUAAACUACACAUUAAUACAGAUGUUCCUUGUGGGUUCAAAGUAGGCGUUGUGAAGUACAGAUCUGGUAAAAUGGAGUGGUGUGUGGUGGACUCUUGCUACUCGACUGAGUACCCUGCUGUUAUUGUAUUAGACCAUAUGGAACAAUGUCCAUUACCUUCCCUCUACCUGAAGAUGUCACGAGCUAGAGUAUACUGUGUUGUGAUAAUGAUAACAUCUAAUGUGGACGGAGAGUAUGAUCCACGUUGCCAAUCUCCUCCUCCGUCAUAUGAACAUAAACGAUUGUUAAAGAAACUCAAAGAUUCUGUCAGAAUAAUCGAUAUGACUAUGAGUGAGGAUUGAGGAAAGCGUUAAUGAUGUUGAAUGUUGACGAAUUUGUGGCCGUCUACAAUGAGUAUUUUAGACUUUAGUAGCAAUAUUAAAUUAUCUUCUUAAUAUGUAAUCGUUAUUAUGUAUAAUUUCUCACACAUUACUUCAU